AUGUCAGGCUUUCCCGAGUCAUUUGUCGGUCCUUGGACUGACCGACUCCGCGCGCACCGCGAUGACCAGCUCAACGACUUCCCUAACUACCAUAUUGCGAACCCUGAGACGCUCAUCACCACGAGCGUACCCAGGGCACUCUACGUCGGGACCGGGCUGAGUAUCUUCACACGCGCACUGCUGCCGGCGAUACUCAAUGCGCAGCACUCCAUUCACUUUGUCACCUGCUACUGGGCGGAAUCACCGACCCUCAGUUCCUUCAGAGAGACGCUCCUAAAGCUCGCCAGCGCGCGAGCCGACACGCCUGGGCAGAAGCCCCUCAAAAUCACAAUCGGAUUCUCAUCCAGCGGUCUUUUUCAGAAACUCUUCCACACCUCUUCACUCAAUGGCCAUGUGGUACCGCCCCGCGAGUGGGAAAAGAUGGGCCUGCCCAGCGAGACGGCCUUGAAAAUGGGCACGAUCGAGUUGACAGUGAAGAGUCUCUUCUUUACGCCUUUCAGCGUCAUGCACCCCAAGUACCUCAUCGUGGACGGCGCGAGAUGUUGGGUGCCCAGCUGCAAUGUCAGCUGGGAGAGAUGGUUCGAGGGUUGUAUCGAACUCGAGGGCGAAGUCGUCGGGCAGCUCAUGAGAUUUCAUGAUCAGACAUGGGGUGCCCACGGUGCCACAGAGCUAUUGUCGGUAGGGAACAGACGAUACUCCUCCGGUACCUUGCAACCACUGCGUAACAAACGAGCUUCGCUGCAUUCCGGAGGGCUCGACAUGUCGGCCACUCAGUCUCUAAAGUUUCCGGCCACAGAGGCCACACCCACGAUUCUCCUGCCGUCUUCGCAUCACCGAAAUCCUCGCUUCAGCCUCUUCCCUUUUCUGAGCCAAUCCAACCCUCCAAUCACACCUCUCAAUGCGGCACUGUUGACGCUCAUCGAGAAUGCGCAGCGGCAGAUCAAUAUUGUGACGCCGAAUGUCACGUCGUGGCCGCUCAUGGAGGCUCUGUUGGCAAGUCUCGCCAGGGGCGUCGACGUUCACAUCCGCACCAGCAGGAGCAUGAUGGUGAUGGAGCAGCUGGUCACAGCGGGCACGACGACUGCGUGGUGCCUCGAUCGCUUUAUCAAAAAGUACAAAGCACUGGUCAACUCAAAACCAAUGCUCAACGACCCCGAGGCGCCCGCGCUUGGUGUCGGCAGGCUGGACAUUCUGUACUACAAGCCGCUCAGUUUACGACAGAAGGAGGACGACGAGCCUGUGCUCAGCCAUUUCAAGAUGACCAUGGUCGAUGAGGAGUUUGUUAUCUUCGGAUCCGGCAACGUGGACCGGGCCAGUUGGUGGACGAGUCAGGAGAUUGGCGUGCUAUUGCACGCGCCAGAGUUUGACGGGCAGCGACUCUGGGAAGGCGUCCUGGAGAAUCGAUCCGAGGUUGUCUUUCGCUCUGCUGACAUGUAUUGA